AUGAACAGAUACGCUCUGAAGUUCCACAAACGUGGUAAUAACAGACAGCCUUCAGUCCCGUUGCCUGUUACCAAUAGACGAAGUGCAGAGUGCCCUGAGGACGAUAAAUGUGCGAUGCAGAAACCGCGAUAUCUUGCACAACCAGACCGCACGUUAUCGGAGAAAUUCCGCUAUAUCCAAUGCCUAGAGGAUGAACGACUGCGGGACGCCACACUGUACCCGGAAGCGUCUAAGUGGUCGCUGGGGCCCGCAGUAGAUAAGUUUAACCAAUACCGCAACCGUUACGUGAACAUCAUCCCAUAUGAUCGCACGCGUGUGCGUCUCCAGGUGGAGAGCGGCAGCGAUUACAUCAACGCCUCUUACACGCAUGUAGACGUGCCGGGCCAGUCGGUGCGGCGCGGCAACUACAUCUCCACGCAGGGCCCGACGCGGCGCACAUGGCAGCAGUUCUGGCAGAUGUGUUAUCAGCAGUGCCCGGGCCCGGACGUCGUCGUGGUGAUGGUGACACCACUGGUGGAACAGGGCCGCGAGAAAUGCCACCUGUAUUGGCCGCAGUCACGGUCAGGAGUAACUACGCUACAUGUACCGCAGGUACAGAGCCCAAGUGGCCUACCGGGCGACGUGAUUGCAUUUGCCACCGACUUACACGUCGAGCUCGUAUCUGAGUCGCGCCACGAGCACUUCGUCGAGACACAGCUGCUGCUGCGUCCCGGUGACCCGCAGCUACCCGUGAAGCGCGUGCACCACUUCUAUUUUGACCAGUGGCGCGAUAUGACGCGCCCUGAUACUGUGCUUCCCGUGCUCGAGCUGUCACGCCGCUCACACAGCGCAAGCUCGCCGGAGAACCCGAUCAUCGUGCACUGCUCUGCUGGUGUUGGUCGCACAGGAACAUAUAUAACACUAGACCACCUGAUUCAUGACACACGCGACUUCACAGAGGGCGUUUGUGAAGAUUACUCGCAUGAUCUGAUCGAGCAGAUUGUGAUGCAGCUGCGGAUGCAGCGGCUUAAGAUGGUGCAGCUACUACAGCAGUAUGAGUUUAUAUAUCAUCUAGCAGGGUGUAUAUAUGGGCACACUGCGUAG